AUGCAACAAAACAAAAAAUAUGCACAAUCUUCUUUUAUUCUGACACCAUUGCCUUUGCCUUUGCUUAGGGUACAUACAAUUGUCCCUCUCCCUUGUGCUCUCCAAGUUCCAAUGGAGAUUUUCAAAUGCUUCUACAUCAAUCUUCUUCUUGCUUUCAUGUUAUCAGCAGUUUUAGCAAUCGACCCUUACUCAGGGGCACUCCUUAGCCUAAAAUCUGAACUUGUAGAUGAUGAUAACAGCUUGCACGACUGGGUGGUGCCCUCGGGAGGAAAAUUAAAUGGGAAAUACUAUGCGUGUUCUUGGUCAGGUAUCAUGUGUAACAAUGACUCAACCGUUGUAACUUCUAUAGACCUUUCCAUGAAGAAACUGGCAGGUAUAUUGUCAGGGAAGCAAUUCAGCAUCUUCACAAACCUCACUAAUCUCAACCUGAGCUACAAUUUCUUCUCUGGACAGCUUCCAGCGGAGAUUUUCAACCUCACCAGCCUAACAAGCUUGGACAUAAGCAGAAACAACUUUUCUGGUUCCUUCCCUGGUGGAAUUCCCAGACUCCAAAAUUUGGUUGUACUUGAUGCCUUUAGCAACAGUUUUUCAGGGCAAUUGCCUGCUGAAUUUUCACAGCUUGCAUACCUUAAAGUUCUCAAUCUAGCUGGGAGCUACUUCAGAGGGUCAAUUCCAUCUGCAUAUGGUUCUUUCAAAAGCCUUCAGUUUCUUCAUCUUGCAGGAAAUUCUCUUUCAGGAAGUAUACCUCCAGAACUGGGUAACCUCAAAACAGUGACCCAUAUGGAGAUUGGCUACAAUCUAUACCAGAGUUUUAUUCCACCCGAACUAGGCAACAUGAGUCAGCUUCAGUAUCUUGACAUAGCAGAAGCAAAUCUAUCUGGCCCCAUACCAAAGCAACUCUCCAACCUCACCAGUUUGCAAUCGCUUUUCCUGUUCAGAAACAAGCUCACAGGAUCAGUACCAAGUGAGCUCAGUCACAUAGAAUCUCUCACAGAUUUAGAUCUCUCUGAUAACGUCCUCUCAGGGUCCAUUCCUGAAAGCUUCUCAGAGCUAGAGAACCUAAGACUGCUCAGUCUUAUGUACAAUGACAUGAGUGGCACUGUUCCUGAAGGCAUUGCGCAACUCCCAUCCUUGGAAACUCUUCUCAUUUGGAAUAACCGCUUCUCUGGGUCACUUCCACAGAGCUUAGGGAGGAACUCCAAACUCAAGUGGGUGGAUGCUUCCACGAACAAUUUAGUUGGCACCAUACCACCAGACAUCUGUGUGAGUGGAGAACUAUUUAAACUAAUGCUGUUUUCAAACAACUUCACAGGUGAUCUUUCGUCAAUCUCCAAUUGUUCUUCCCUCGUUCGCCUUCGCCUAGAAGAUAAUUCCUUUUCCGGAGAAAUCACUUUGAAAUUCAGCCAUCUUCCUGGUAUCGUAUACGUUGAUCUCUCCAGGAACAACUUUGAUGGUGGCAUUCCCUCAGAUAUUUCUCAAGCCACUCAACUGGAGUAUUUUAACGUGUCUUAUAAUAUGCAAUUAGGAGGUACCAUUCCGGCACAAACGUGGUCUUUGCCCCAACUUCAAAAUUUUUCGGCAUCUUCUUGUGGUAUUUCUGGUGAUCUUCCCCUAUUUGAACCCUGCAAAUCAAUUUCAGUUAUUGAUCUAGAUAGCAAUAACUUAUCUGGAAUCAUCCCAAACAGUGCUUCCAAAUGUCAAGCUCUUGAGAAAAUCAAACUAUCCAACAAUAAUUUAACAGGUCAUAUACCUGAUGAGCUUGCAAGUAUUCCUGUUCUCGGUGUAGUGGACCUAUCAAACAACAAGUUCAAUGGCCCCAUACCUGCGAAGUUUGGAAGUUGUUCAAGUUUACAACUUCUGAAUGUGUCUUUCAACAAUAUCUCUGGUUUAAUACCCAAAGCAAAGUCAUUCAAAUUGAUGGGAAGAAGUGCAUUUAUUGGAAAUUCAGAGCUAUGUGGAGCACCCCUGAGACCAUGUCCUGAUUCAGUUGGGAUAUUGGGCGGCAGCAAAGGCACGUGGAAGAUUACACGUAUUGUGCUACUCUCUGUAGGGCUGCUAAUAGUUCUUCUGGGACUUACUUUUGGAAUAUUUUAUUUGAGAAGAGGGAUAAAAAGUCAAUGGAAGAUGGUCUCAUACGAGGGUCUCCCUCAAUUCACGGCAAAUGAUGUUUUGACAAGCCUCAAUGCCACAAAACCAACAGAAGUUCCAUCACCAUCACCAGCAGUUACAAAGGCUGUUCUGCCUACAGGAAUAACAGUUUUGGUCAAGAAGAUUGAAUGGGAAGCGAGGAGCAUCAAGGUUGUGUCAGAAUUUAUAAUGAGACUGGGAAAUUCAAGGCACAAGAAUUUAAUCAGACUACUGGGGUUUUGCCACAACCAGCACUUAGUCUAUCUUUUGUAUGAUUACUUGCCCAAUGGGAAUUUGGCUGAGAAAAUGGAAAUGAAAUGGGAUUGGGCAGCAAAAUUCAGUACAGUGGUUGGAAUUGCAAGGGGACUCUGCUUUCUUCACCAUGAAUGUUACCCAGCAAUACCCCAUGGAGACUUGAAGCCUAGCAACAUUGUAUUUGACGAAAAUAUGGAACCCCAUUUGGCAGAAUUUGGAUUCAAACAAGUGUUCAGGUUGAGCAAAGGCUCAUCACCCACCACAACAACUAAGUGGGAAGCAGAAUACGAUGUGGCCACGAAAGAGGAACUGUGCAUGGAUAUCUACAAAUUUGGGGAGAUUAUUCUGGAAAUUUUAAGUGCCGGAAGGUUGACAAAUGCAGGAGCCAGCAUACACAGCAAACCAUGGGAGGUUCUCUUGAGAGAAAUUUACAACGAGAAUGAAGCAAGCUCCGCAAGUUCAUUGCAAGAGAUUAAACUGGUUCUUGAGGUUGCUAUGCUUUGCACCAGAAGCAAGUCAUCAGACCAGCCAUCCAUGGAAGAUGUUCUCAAGCUUCUAUCAGGGCUAAAGCAUCUAGAUGAUGACAGAACUUCGAAAGAAGGGCAAUAA